UCCUGGGUGCCCCCGCCGCCGUGAUGAGCUUCAGCCGCCUGUUCCGCCUGCUGAAGCCUACACUUGUGUGCGGUGCUCUUGCCGGGCCAGGUGUGGCCAGCACCAUGUGCGCAUCCCGCGACGAUUGGCGCUGUGCUCAGUCCAUGCACGAAUUCUCAGCCAAGGACAUCGACGGGCACAUGGUUAACCUGGACAAGUACCGGGGCUUCGUGUGCAUCGUCACCAACGUGGCCUCGCAAUGAGGCAAAACAGACGUAAACUACACUCAGCUUGUCGACCUGCACGCCCGAUAUGCUGAGUGCGGUUUACGGAUCCUGGCUUUCCCUUGCAACCAGUUCGGGAGGCAGGAGCCAGGGACUAAUGCCGAGAUCAAAGAGUUUGCAGCCGGCUAUAAUGUCAAAUUCGAUAUGUAUAGCAAGAUCUGUGUGAACGGAGAUGACGCCCACCCUCUGUGGAAAUGGAUGAAAGUCCAGCCCAAGGGGAGGGGAAUCCUGGGAAAUGCCAUCAAAUGGAACUUCACCAAGUUCCUCAUUGACAAGAAUGGUUGUGUGGUGAAGCGGUAUGGUCCCAUGGAAGAGCCCCUGGUCAUAGAGAAGGACCUGCCCUGCUACCUUUAGCUCCACAAGUGUGCACCCCCCAUCUGAGCCCACCGCCUGUGCCCCUCGGAGCCUUCCACCCGGCACCCAU